AUGGAUUUUGAAACUCGAGCGCGUGAGCGUCGCCUCAUGGAUAUAGCGCGCGGGAAACAGUAUCUUCGUCAGAUAGACAGUUUGGCAGAAAAACAUUGGAACAAAAUUGAACCCAGAAACACUAGUUACAGGCAAGUAUCAGUGGGUCCCCUUAAAGAAUAUACUUUCUUUCUGAACAGAUCAUUCCAACAAGGUGAUGAUAGUGUUUCAAAUAGAGCCAGAUCGAAGCGUAGAAUUCAUUCUGAACAAACGCCAAAAAUAAACGGUCAAUUUAUGACAGACCGCGUGCAGUCCGAGAGACUGGGUGGUCUGACUGGUAUGGAAUCCUUGCGAGGGACACAACUGUUUAAUCAGUGGGGAUCAAACAUCGAUCCUUUGGCGGAUAAAGUGACGCUUAAAAAAGAGGACAUGCAAUCAACAUUCCAACCAUUUACAUUUGGAGACGGAAACCGAAAGGUGCAGAAACCAAGUCCCAAAAAGGGAGUGUUGAUGAGCCGCGUUAGCUCGGACGUCAAGGACCGACAAAUAAAAACAAAUACUGAUUUCCGGUCAUCACGGAAUGGGAUGGUGGCGGUCAUCCAUCCGGUUGGUCCGUCACCAGACACAGAAGUCGCGCCAGAUAUCAUCGACCAAGAAAUGAUAGAGCGCGAAAAGACAUCGGUAAUGCUGAACAGAAUAGACCGGAUGUUGCACCCGAACAGAUAUGCGCUGAAGACCAAACUGGCCCCGAGUGAACAGGAAGUGUCCCAAAACUCAUCCAAAGCCUCAUCCAACAAUUCAGAGAGAAGUCUACAAAAGAACAUUGAACAGAACUGUUCUAAUGGCGGACAGCAAAAUCUUCAUCGAACAAAGGAUGGACGUCCCAAAGUACUGUCUAACCCUGCCUACGCACCUAAGACCUCUGGCAAUCCAAUUAAAUCGUUUGCGCAGAUGCUGACCGAGUUGGAUAGAACUCAAAUUAACGUUGACCGGAAGUGUCGCUUAUGGAUCAAUAAACUGACAUUUGAUUCAUACGAAUGA